GUGAACCGAUUCCGAGUGACUCUCUUCUACACAUGUGAGAGGAUCCAUAACAGACCGGAGAAACACAGAAGAUGGAUAUUUCAGAGGUUCACUCGAAUCAAGGCAAUAAAAGCAAGAAGAAAAAAAACAAGAAGACAGUGAAAGCCAAGGCGAAGGUUAAAAAUCCUGAAGUGAAAGAAGAGAGCAGCACCGUGGAGAUGAAGACCGAGCCAGAGGCUGCGUUUCCCCCCACAUUUAGUGUCUCCGAGAUCAAGAACAAACAACGGAGGCACCUCAUGUUCAUGAAGUUUAAGCAGGAGAAGAGGAAGCAAAAACUCCUACUGAAGAAAAAGAGGAAAAAAGAAAGAGAAGCCCUGGGUGAUAAGGCGCCACCAAAGGAGGUCCCCAAAACGAUAGAAAACCAGAGAGUGUUUGAUGAGACGACAGUUGAUCCAGAGGAUGAAGAGGUUGCUUUUGAUGAGGGAACUGAUGAAUUUUCUGCUUAUUUUAAUGGGUUGACAAAUCCCAAAGUGCUCAUCACCACAUCAGACAGACCCAGAGGGAGAACAGUAAAGUUUUGUGAGCAGCUUGCCACUGUCAUCCCAAACGCCUAUGUUUACUACAGAAGAGGCCUCGCUCUGAAGAGGAUCAUACCCCAAUGUGUUGCCAGGGACUUCACCUAUCUAAUGGUCAUCAACCAGGAUCGCCAGCUGCCCAAUGGUUUGGUUCUUUGUCAUCUUCCCGAUGGGCCUACUGCUCACUUCAAAGUAAGCAGUGUUCGACUACGAAAAGAGAUAAAGAGAAGAGGCAAAGAGCCGACCGAACACUAUCCAGAGGUGAUUCUCAACAACUUCACCACCCGCCUUGGACACAGCAUAGGUCGUCUGUUUGCCGCUCUCUUCCCGCAGAACCCUCAGUUUGUGGGCCGACAGGUCGCCACCUUUCAUAACCAGAGAGAUUUCAUCUUUUUCAGAUUCCACAGGUACAUCUUCAAGAAUGAGAAGAAAGUUGGCAUUCAGGAGCUGGGACCUCGCUUCACUCUGAAACUCAGAUCUUUGCAGAAGGGCACAUUUGACUCAAAGUAUGGGGAAUACGAGUGGGUGCUGAAGCGCCAUGAGAUGGACGCCUGCAGGCGGAAGUUCCAGCUUUAAGUUCCUGCUUCCUGUAAUCAGACCAUGUCCAACUAAUGUGUGGAUUUGUGCAAAAUUGCUCCACCUGUGAUAGCUGCUCAAAGAUCCAGCUUUAACUCAUUAGGUGGCGUUGCCAUGUUCCCUGGAAAAUGUUCACAUAUUCAUUUCAUAUUAAACUGUAUAAAUGAGUUAUUUGAAGAUGACUUAAAUGGUGAAGAGUGUGAGAUGGAAGAAGAGACGUCUAUUUCUUACAGGCUCUCCGUGUCAUAAAUUCAACACAUAAUGUACAUACUUUUUGUUUUUUAAGCCUUCAUGUUUUGAUUCAGUGAAGUUUAACCCAUUUUUAAGAUUGUGUAUAAAAAGUACUUUUAUGCUGAAACAAGGAUUUAUUUUUGACACAUCAGAAUAUACCUACAUGGUGUCUGAAGGUCUCCUCUAAAAAGGUGUCAGCUGUUAUAAGGCAGACAAUACAGCCUGUAGGCAUCGCUUAGAGCAGAAUGUUUAUAUUUUAACACAAUUUGGUGGAAUGGGGUUUUAUGUGUGCUAAUGGAGUGAGCUCUGCAGACCUAAAAAUAAAAAAUGUAAAAUGCAUCCUAAUCAGUCACCUGAACCACCUCAGCAACUCAUUUAAGGUUGUUCUGCUGCAAGGUUCCCCAGGAUAACAGACAUUCCUAUCCUUUUAAAGAGACUCAUUUCAGUUGCUUAGAUUUUGUUUAUUUAGAUUAUCACAGCAUGGAUAAAGUUAAGGCUCUAAAUUAACUAAGUUUUUAAGUCGCAAUAGAGACACUACAGAUUCAG